CUGCUUGCUGCACAUUCUGCUCUUCUCUCCUUUCACCGGGUACAGGUACAGGUACAGCUACUAAUACUAUACACCGCUGCCGCAACUGUUUCCUGCUCCUGCAUUAUUCCUGUUUUUUCUGCAGUUGUUGAUGAAGCAUUUGAUGCUCGUGAAUGUUUGGGAAAUUUUUAAUUGCGGUUGUGUUUAGGGAUAUGAGAUUUCUGGAAGUUGAAGCGGUUAGGUUUUGUGAUUUAUUUUUGUGAUUUUUGUGCGAGGAAGUUGGAGGAGUUCCGAACCAUUAGGGAUUUGGUGUUGAAUCAGAGGAUUUAGGUUGAUUGUGAUGGCGCAGCAAUGCUCAAAUCAUACAUUCAGUACAGAGGAUUCGAAUUCGAAUUUUUUCCAGUCCUCACUGGCGUCGGCGAAUUCGAUUCCGACGAGCAUUGCAGUGGAUGUUGUACCAGACGCUUCACAGAGAUCCGCAGUUCCUUUCCACGGCAACAACGAUCUUCCACGACAUCGCCGUUCUAGCAGCGAUGUACCUUUGGGAUUUUCCGCCAUGAUGCAGUCUUCGCCGCAGCUGGUGCCAAUAAGCAGCCCUAGAAGUUCGAUCAGAGCAGUUGCAACCGCAAGCUCGGCGAAAAAUCUGGGAAAUGGCAAGGCAAUCUGUGCAGUCAGGGUAAAAACAGAGGGAGAUGCUGCAGACGACAUGCUUGAUUCAUUCAUGAAUAUGGACGCUUUCAAUAACGACAAACAUGCCGCCAUUGCCGGCAACUCUAAGACAGAGCUUAGAGCUGAUAGGAGCGCUGCCGAGCAGUUUCACCACAGCAGAAGCCUUUCAAUGGACAGCAGCAUUGGACAUUUUCAGUUUGGUGGCUCCUCCACAACGCCGCUGACUUCCUUCUCCGAUCAAGCCGCGGGACAUUAUUCGCUCACCGAAAAUUUGGCUAAGAUCAGCUUGGGGGAAUUCAACGAAUUUGAGCUGAAAAAGAUCAUGUCAGAUGAGAGACUAGCAGAGAUUGUCACAUCAGACCCGAAACGAGUAAAGAGGAUAUUGGCGAAUCGACAGUCAGCUGCUCGAUCCAAGGAACGGAAGCUACGAUACAUAUCCGAGUUGGAAUACAAGGUGAGGACUCUGCAGACCGAGGCCACCACAUUGUCGACCAAGAUUACUAUUCUGCAGAAAGACAAUGCCGAUUUAGCCAACGAAAACAACGAGUUGCAGCUGCGCAUUCGCGCGAUGCAGCAGCAGGCGCAACUCCGGGAUGCAGCUCUCCAUGACACAUUGACGGCGGAAGUCGAGCAUCUGAAGCAUGUGAAUAUGGAGUACAGAGAAGACGACGGGGCGAGACCUAAUGGCAUUCACAUAUAACAACAACAACAAAUAUCGGAUCGAAAAUGUCGAAAAUAUACAAUCUUUGGCUAUGUCCAACCACGGUGAGGCAUGAAUUAAACCCACUGAUUUUCUUGAUCUACAGCUGAUCAAUCUGGUAAUGCAAAUUCAUCUCCAUUAGUGAAGCUUGGAUAGGAUGUGUUCAUUUGAUUAUUGUGUAUUCAUGCUAGAAAAAUAAUUCUGCUAUUGUAGUUUUUCAUGUGUAAUAAUAAUGGUGGUGUUGGACUUAAUUCAAUUGUUGACUUUAUUGUUACCAAAGUUGAAAUUAAUUCGAUGGUGUUUAUGUUCAGGAAUUAUAUAUGAACUGUAAACUGCUGUAAAAAUAUAAGCUUUGACAGGGACAUCCAACGACUUUGCACAAAUCUCGAGGCGAUCGGACGGCAGAUAGGAGGGGCUUUCACUUUCAUUCCCUCACAGCCUGUCCAUAUGUCGCGUGCCCACCCUCCAUGCCAUUACCUAACACACUUGGCAGUGGCAAACAACACUAGGGGUUUGUUUUUUAACAGCUGUUAAAUGU